ACUCUGUAUUUCUUAUUGUAUCUUCCUCAUAGCUAUGCAGACUGCAACAGAAUGUCCUCUCUACAAUAUUAUGUAUCUGGGGUCAUCUUUGCCUCUACUCUUUUGGGAGUGGGUGCCUUUAAUGGAUAUUACGAGUAUAAUACUGCGACGUGCCAUUUCAACCCAAAUCAUUUGAGUGAUGUGGAGUUAAUUUGCACCUCCUGGUUUAACAAGGAUCCAUACAUACGGUUCAACAGCACUGUGGGGGAGUUUGUGGGAUACACGGCACAUGGGGUGAAGAAUGCAGAGAGAUUAAACAAAGAUCCAGCGGUGAUGGCAAAGUGGCGGGGGGAGAAGGACAGAGUCUGCAAGAACAAUAUUCCGGUUUUUACUAACAACAUACUGUCAAAGACUGUUGAGCCAGAGGUGAUGCUGAGUAUGGGGAGGCCUCCAAGUGGUGGUCAUCCUGCCAUGCUGAUGUGCAGCGCGUACAACUUCUACCCGAAGAUGAUCCGUGUGAAAUGGUACAGAGAUGACCAGGAGGUGACCACCGGUGAUGUGAUAUCCACGGAGGAGCUGGCGGAUGGAGACUGGUACUACCAGAUGCACUCCCACCUGGCGUUCACCCCCAAAGCUGGAGAGAAGAUCUCCUGUUCAGUGGAGCACGCCAGCCUGAAGGAGCCCAAGGAGUUGGUCUGGGACUCCUCCAUGCCUGAGCCAGAGAGGAACAAGAUUGCCAUCGGGGCAGCAGGUCUGGUGUUGGGCCUCAUCGUCACUGCUGCAGGCUUCAUCUACUACAGGACCAAAGCCAGAGGGCGGAUCUUGGUACCUAGUGGCUAGAGUUAUAUUGUUACAGUUCUGUCACAGUACACUGAACUGAUAAUCAUUCAAGGCACCUGUCAAGAAAUCAACCAUCGAUAUCAGGGAUAGUUGUUCUUUGUCUUUGUCAUCAAGAUUGCUGGCUGUUUUUUGCUGUCUUUUCUCCAAACCUAUAAUAGAUAUCUAAAUUACAUGUAUCCCUGUCCAAUAUACUUUUUUGAGAGGAAGAUAAUAGAGCGCUUUAAUAUUUAUUUUCUACCACGUUUAAGUCCUGUAUGGAAACACUGAUGGUAACUGAGAUCAUAGAGAUUUAUAUAAAGGUAUUUCUCCUCCACACUGUUUGACUGGAGUGUUUGUAGAUUCUGUCCAGUUUCAUUAGUGAGCCUUUGGCGCCCUCUGCAGGACAAUAUUAGGGCCUGCAGUUAUAUUCUGAAUUGUUGUUCAUAAGUUGUUUUCUCUUCUGUAAAGAUAUUUUUUCCAGCUAGAUGUAAUCAAACCACUCUAUAAAUAUGUUUUUCUUUACCAUGAUUUCUGAUGAAUGUCUAAGGGAAGUUAUUCUGUUGUUUCUUGCAUGGAAAGGUGAAGGCCAGUCUGAACUAUAGAGUGUUGUAGGGCUGGCUUCAACAGAAAUACCAUAAGGCCUCUUAUUCAUUUUUGUAAACUUACAUCAUAGAUGUUUCUAAAUUGGUUUAAACUAAUUAUGCAGAUUGAGAUUUUCAUUGUUUUGUGCUUCAACAUCCAAAUAAACAGACUUUCAUCAUCA